AUUCAUCGUUCGAUAGGAGAAAAGUGCAGCAGUAUUUAACGUUGACGAUCGAAGAACAAGAGGCUAGAUGUAUUAUAUAGAGAUAGGUGACUGAUAUUUCCUAAAACAAGCAAAGAAAGAUCCUUAGCCGCCGUUUCCUCGAUAGAUAGCCGUGUCGGGGGGUGUUGAAUCUUGCUCUUCCAAUUCAUACCCAUCUUUGAUCUCUCCCUCAGUUUCCGGUUGAUUUGCAACUCCUGUCCUUAUCCCUAAGACCCAUCCGAUCUCUUUCCUUCAGAGCUCGGGAUUAUUUCUUCAAGGAGCCAGAGACUACUCGUGUAUAGCGUGAGAUUCUUCCCAGCUUCAUUGUCGGAACAUUGGUUUCGUGAAUGGUGUGAAGGCUCGUAUGAGUUUCUGGGUUGGAUAACGCAAAAGGCGAGAAUUUUUAAUGUUUUAAGAAAGUCGGAGAAAAAGCGAUACGGCAAAGAAGGCGACCCAAAAAGAACGAAAUUCCAAACAAAACCCAAGUAUAAUCGGCAAAUUGCUACUCAGUAAUUUGGGAAUGGCUACUCCGGUAGAGCCUCCGAAUGGCGUUAGGCAACGAGGGAAGCAUUACUACACAAUGUGGAAAACGGUGUUCGAGAUCGACACCAAAUACGUGCCCAUCAAACCCGUAGGUAAAGGGGCAUAUGGCGUGGUGUGCUCUUCCAUCAACAGGGAAACCAAUGAGAAAGUUGCAAUCAAGAAGAUAAAAAAUGUGUUUGAGAACACCAUUGAUGCGCUGAGAACGCUGAGGGAGCUGAAGCUUCUUAGACAUCUUCGGCACGAGAAUGUUAUUGCUUUGAAGGAUGUCAUGAAGGCUAGUCAUCGAAUGACUUUCAAGGACAUAUACUUGGUUUACGAACUUAUGGAUGCGGAUCUUCAUCAGGUUAUCAAGUCCUCGCAGCCACUCUCUGGUGAUCAUUGCAAAUAUUUCUUGUUCCAGUUGCUUCGAGGGCUCAAUUAUCUUCAUUCCGCAAAUAUCCUUCACCGGGACUUGAAGCCUGGGAACCUCCUUAUCAAUGCCAAUUGUGACUUAAAGAUAUGUGAUUUUGGGCUGGCACGAACUAAUGGAGGCGAUGAUCAGUUCAUGACAGAGUAUGUUGUCACUCGUUGGUACCGUGCACCAGAGCUCCUCUUGGGUUGUGACAAUUAUGGAACCUCCAUCGAUGUGUGGUCUGUAGGAUGCAUCUUUGCUGAGAUUCUUGGUCGGAAACCAAUCUUCCCUGGAACGGAUUGCCUCAACCAGCUGAAACUGAUAAUCAAUGUUCUUGGCAGCCAACAUGAAGCUGAUCUUGAGUUCAUUGAAAAUCCAAAGGCCAGGAAGCACAUCAAAUCACUACCCCAUUCAAGGGGGAUGCAGUUUUCCCGUUUGUACCCCGAAGCUGACCCUUUAGCUAUAGACUUGUUGCGAAGGAUGCUUGUGUUUGAUCCAACUAAGAGAAUUACCGUGUCUGAAGCACUCCAACACCCUUACAUGUCAGAGCUGUAUGAUCCAAGAAGUAAUUCUCCUGCCCAAGUCACAAUUAAUCUCGACAUAGAUGAAAAUUUGGGGGAGCAGAUGAUUAGGGAGAUGAUGUGGAAUGAGAUGAUGCUUUACCAUUCCGAAGCUACCUCUGCCCAUGUGUAGGUACCGUAAAACAUUCCCUUGAUCGCGGUGUUUUCUAUGACGCUUCUCUGGAGCUAGUUCUAAUGUUCCUAUAGGAAAUGUGCAAUCUUAAACUUUGUGAUUGCCCUGAGAUUUUGUUUUGCGGUAUUGUUCAUUAGUUUGAAUUCUUCAAAUUGUAAGUAUGGGACAUGGCAUCUUGUAACUUGUAAAUGGUUGAUGCCUUUAGUUGUAGUCCAGGAAUAUCGGCUCUUGUCUAGUUCAUGAUGAAUGUAUGGCAUGAUUGUCUAAAGAUAUUAUAACUCGAGAUGCAUCAAUGAUCAUAGAUUUAAUAAGAGAUAUUA